UUUUAUUUUUUUAACGACUCACAAUGAAUUCAAAAGAUAUUUUUUCUCUUGGUAAACCCGCCGAAAUGGAAAAAACUCGCAGGUAUUCAUCAAACCCCGAGGAUGCCUCCAUAUCGACUGCCCAACCGGCGGCUACAUCAACACCUACUAAUUUGAUCCGCAAAAGCCCAAGAGUCGCGGUUCUUCGUCGGGAAUCCGUAGAGUCAGAUUUACGCAAUUCUUCGUUGGUAGAUCGAGUACCCGAGACUUGGGGACAUAUUAGGGGCCGUAAAACGAUUCGUGCUCCCGAUACCCCUGAGAGGGCUCCUCGAACCCGGAAUAUAUCAAGCAGUCCAAAAACCCCACGCACUUCCAAGCAACCGAAGACACCGCGGAGCGCAAAAAGGGUGGCAGGUUUGGUCAAACAAAAAUAUGCGCAUAUCAAGGGCCGUAAGCAGAUUCAAGCUCCUAGUUCCCCAACAACGGAUCCUCAGUCUUCAUUAAAGACACCUACAACACCGAAGGGUUCCCCAAAAACUACUACCCCUAAAAAACAUCCUGAGUCUUCACCAAAGACACCGCCUCAUACAUCAAAUUCAAUGAACUUACGUAGUGGUGACUUACCAGUUCCAAAUCUCCUACAAUUUGACGCACCAAUGGAACCACCAAAGAACCUUGCAAGGACACCAGUUGAAUCACUAUCGAACACACCAAAAAAGGCGCCGAUUAAAUCGGCGAUGAUUUCUCCAACCAAUUCUCCGAUUCAAUCGGCGAUGAUUUCUCCAACCAAUUCUCCGAUUCAAUUGACCACUAACUUACCAGGAAAGUCGUCAACUGGAUCACCGAAAACCCCAACGAUGAGUUCGUCAAGGAAGUCAUCGAUUGAAUCCCCGAAAUUCUCUCCAAUAAUAUCGCUAAACACGUCGCCGAAUCCAUCACCAAGGAACUCAUCAAUUGAUUCUCCGAAGUCUUUACCUGAACUGCCGACUAGUUCUCCAAAGAAAUCGUCAACCGAUGCCCCAAAAGCUGGUUCCUCUGGAGUGGGCUCCGUUACAACCGGUGCCAUCAUAGCACCGCCGGACCUUCGAGUUGGGAAUAAGCGGACCCUAACAUCAAGUGACGCAUGCACUUCUGAAUCGUCUCCAAAACGGGCUCGUCUCCGUGUACUACAAGUCAACAUGGGUUCUCCUUUCUCCAUGACUCGCAGCAAGAAAAUCAAAAAGGUUGAAGUAGAUCAGGAUGACGACGAGCAGGUGUCAAUCGAGACAUCAGCCAAUGAAAAUCAAGAUGGUUUGCCUGAAGUUCUAGCCGAACCGGAGGGGUCCGGGCCAGGAUCCGUGAUGGAUACCCAGAUGGAUGAACCCGGAUUAGAGGCCGGAAUGGAGCCUGGUAUGCCGCCGGAGAUCAUCGAUGCAAUUUCAUCCCCUGAAGCGAACGCAAGUUUCUCAAUGAAAUGCAAUGUAAUGUAAAGACAACAUCUCCAUU